AUGUCCUCCCUCUCCCGACGCGCCUGCUACAAAUGUGGCAAUGUUGGCCACUACGCCGAGGUCUGCUCCUCGGCUGAGCGCCUCUGCUACAACUGCAAGCAGCCCGGCCACGAGUCCAACGGCUGCCCGCUGCCGCGCACGACCGAGGCUAAGCAGUGCUACCACUGCCAGGGCCUGGGCCACGUCCAGGCCGACUGCCCGACCCUGCGCCUGAGCGGAAACGCCACCAGCGGUCGCUGCUACAACUGCGGCCAGCCCGGCCACCUUGCCCGCGCCUGCCCCAACCCCGUCGGCCCCAUGGGCCGCGGCGCCCCCAUGGGCCGUGGCGGAUACGCUGGCUUCCCCGGCCGCGGUGGCUUCGCUGGCGGUCCCCGUCCCGCUACUUGCUACAAGUGCGGCGGACCCAACCACUUUGCGCGCGACUGCCAGGCGCAGGCCAUGAAGUGCUACGCUUGCGGCAAGCUGGGCCACAUCUCGCGCGACUGCACGGCCCCCAACGGCGGCCCCCUCAACACCGUUGGCAAGACGUGCUACCAGUGCGGCGAGGCCGGCCACAUCUCCCGCGACUGCCCGCAGAAGAACGCCCCCGGCGAGAUCAACCCGGCCGAGGUCGACCUGUCUAACGUUGCUGCUGCUCCGGUGGCUCCCAUUGCCCCCGUGGCAUAA